AUGUGGUUUAUGAAUAAAACCCGAUAUUUUUUACGACGGAACUUAAAAGCUUUUCUAGUUUUCAAUUUUAUUGCUGUUAUUACUGUUUCCCAAUUUUCCGGCUCAAAACAAACUGAAAAUAUUACAAUAAACAACGAAUUAUUGUAUCUUCAGCAUACACACACAUUUAUUCAUUCUGCUUAUUAUUAUCCUGAUUCUAAAUCGUGAGUCAUCUAGUUUUAUGAAUAUUUGAACAUCCGAUUUCGAUUUUUCAUAAAUCUGAAUUUUUUAAAAUGUUAAAAUUUUAGCCUUGGAAAAAAUGCUAUCGCAAUUGUAACGACCACUAAUAAACGGACCGUAAACGAAAUUCUAAAUAUGAAAAUAAAUAUAGUUGCAUCGAAUGACACAGGAAUUAUGAAAACAGAAGCAACAGUUACAACGUAAGUCUAGAAAAAAUAAGUUUGAUUAUUUUUCAUUGAAAAUGUUUUUUUCAAGUGAACAUCGAUUGGAAGAUCGUUGUGAUUAUUUGAUGUUACUCGCUCAAGCAAACACAUUAGAUAAUAUGAAUGUGCUAGAAAUCGAGGCAGAUGGAGUGAGCCUUUCUAUACCGUACAAAAUACCGAAAAAAGUUGCACCAAAGCCAGUUGUAUUCUGUGUUGCUCCACAAUUUGCAGCUGAACAAUGGCAAACAUUUUUGGCUCAAGUACAUAUUUCUAAAUUUUACGGAGCACAUUUGCAAAUGUAUGUUGUCAGUAUGGUUGAGUCAUAUUUUCAACUUUUGCAAGAGUAUGAAAAAUUGGUAAGAAAUUGACAAAGAAAUAUAAAAUCCAAAAAAUAUCGUUUUUUGUAGGGUUAUCUCUCGAUUGAACCUUGGCUUACAAUUAAAUUUUCAAAAGUUGAUGAACCUGUUAUGGAACCGAAUAGAAAUGUUGAACUUCGUGCACAAACUGCAGCUCAUACAGAUUGUCUUUUGAUGUAUAAAGAAGCUGCUGAAUUUAUUGGAAGUCUUGAUAUGGAUGAUUUAUUAAUUCCAGUAAAUUCAAGUUCAUAUUAUGAAAUGUUUGAAAGAGAUUAUAAUGGAAACUGGCGGGUAAGUGCAUUGCACUAUACAAAAUACGAUUAUGAAACAAUAAAAUCUCCACAUCUUGAUGAAACUUCAAUUAUGGCAAUGGUAAAACAAGCAAGAUACCUAAAUACAAUAGAUAGUGGAAAAUCAUUUGUUCGAUCAGAAAGAUAUAAUUCAACAUGGGCUCAUUGGAGUAGAGUUGCGGAUUCGGUACCACAAUUUUUCGGGGAAAUCAAACCGAAACCAUUUUAUAUGUAUCGCAAGCAAAUGAGAAAUACGGGGAUGUUCCAUUUCAAAAGACAAAUUAACAAAAGUCGCAAGGAGUUGGCAAAACUUGGAGAAGGAACAAUUCCAUUGAAUCCACGAAAUAAUGAAUCUCUUAUAAUAAGUGAAGAAGAUUUACAAGCAAUCGAAGAUGAUUUGCAGCGGUAAGUAUCUCAAAUUUCUCAGAAAAAGUUCAACUUUUGUGGAUUUUAUUUGUCCUUAGGCUUUUAUGUAAAUCAUACCAAUUUUUUCAGUCAUCUUGCUCUACCACAAAUUCAAAAACUUGCCCCACAUCUUCCAAAAGACGAUUUUUAUAUGCCAAUAAUUUUGAAAUGUUAUACUGAUGCGUUUUAUCAUAUAAGAGAUCUUGGGAAAUUCAGUCAAGAUGAAAUUUGUGUGAAUGCAUACAGUUGUGAUAUUCCUCAACAACACGAUUAUUCUUGUGUUCAUUCAGAUGCAAUGUAUCAUUCAGGACCAAGAAUGGAUCCAAUUACUUAUCAUUAUACCACAGAUUCAUUUUUUACAAAAAGUAUCGGGUGUUUAUUGUAAAAUUAUAUUUAGAUGUUUGUAUAUAUUUAUAAAAUGUUUAUUGUUUGUACGGAACAGUUGCACCUCCCUUUGUUUUAUGUUGCAAGGAGGUCGACUUCAAAGAUGGUAGUGGAUGUAAACCACUUGCAAGGCAAAACAACAAAAAAACACAGAUUUCAGGCCAAAACUUUAUAUUUCGGCCAAAUCCAAAUCCAAAACCUAGAGAAAGAACGAAAAAAUAAGAGUGUGUGCCAACACCGACUGCCCGCAAACACCAAAUCCUACGCGCAAUCUUGUAAAAAUAGAAUAACGACACUCCGCUCGAACAGUUUGUGAAAAUUAAACAACAGGCAAGCCGUCGAGUGUCGUUGUUUUACUUUUAUUUUUUUGUCCUUUUUUUGUUUUGGAAGCGACUAGUCGAAAAAAAACAAAAAAUGAAUUUUGAAAAUGAAAAAAACUAGUGCGAACAGUUCGAUAGAGCACACUUUCUUUUUUGGUUUCUCUGCGCUCUCCAAAAAGAAAAACUCUCACCUGUGUCAUUUUUGUUCAGAAUUGAAACGUUGUCUUUGAUUUUUAGCUAAUUAGGAAUGAGUUUAUUUUUUUUCCACAAUGAAAUUUCCAAGAUUCUCAAAAAUCAAGCUGAAACCUGAUUUUGAAAUUCAUAAAUCCUAGACCCGCAAAUGUGAAUAGUGUAGAUCACGCGGGAUUUCAACAAUUUUUCGUUGUUCUAUAUCGAUUGGCAGCCCAGGCGAACAUUUCAAGAAAAACAUUUUUGAAAUUAUUUUUUGUUAUGCGUCAUGGUGUAUUGCGGACAGCGAAGAAUCAUUUUUUUGAGCGUUUUUUUAUAGGGAAGAUUUUGUCGAAAAAAGUGUUCACGUUAUUUUAUUUUAAGAAUAAAUAUUCGAAAAAAAUCACGCUAAAUCUCUUUUUUUCAGGUUGGACGCUCAUUGCUCGAAAUACUUUAUUUGGUAUUCGGCCUGUCUUCAAUGGGAGCUCUCAAUUAACGGUAAGAGGGAAUUUAUUUUUCUUUUUAUGAACCAAAGAAAUUCCAGAUUGCUUGA